ACGGAAGCGGUGCUGUCCAACGACGACGACCUCUUCUACACCCCCGAAAGCGCCGAGUACCUCUUUCGGUUCGUGAUCAUUGGCGUGGUGCGCAUUUGUCAGAUCUGGCAGAGGCACCGCCGGUCGAUCGUUGGCGACUCCCCUCGUUUCAGCGGUGAUGGCACCUACGAGUUCGAUGGUCACCCGUGUCUCAACGUCGUGCUCACCAACUCGGCGUUCGUGCCCACUGCCCUGAUGCGCCAGUACUCGGAGCCCACGGCAGGUCCAGUCGCCCAGCUCAGGGCGCACGUAGAUGAGCACACCAACUGCGAGGACAUUGGCAUCAACUUUGUCGCGGCCGCCUCCACAGAGCCUGAGAUGGUGAUGGAUCCGCCGGUGUCUGUCAGCAUGCCAGGCGGAUGGGCCAACGAGCGGCUGAUGGCCACUCUCAUCAAUCACCAUUCACAGCCGGCCCACUACACCAAAAGGGCUAACUGUGGGAAGGCGUUUAUGGGCUUCUUUGGCAGGCUAGGGCUGCCCAACAUCAGACACACCUACACCCUCCAGCAGCAUCUUGACCACAAGCUGUAA